CCCCUCACGGGGCACGGCCUGAGCGCGCGGCGGCGCUCCCGGAGCGGCCGCAGCCUGCGAGAGGCGUCCGGGCGCUUCCCUGCGCCCGGCAGUGCCGGGCUUCCCCCGGGCCCGGCUGCGGUCGGCAGCGGGCAGCCCCGGCAGGCGCGGGAAUGCCCCGCAGCUGACGGCGCGAGUUGGCUCUCACGACCACGCACAGGAGUGAAAGAGUGCCGUGAUUGGAGAUCAAAGUACAGAACUUUGGCUACUGACUCUUAAAUGAUACAAAACAAAACAACCCCGCCUUCCGUGGAAAUACAUAUAUAGUUCAACAGAAAGGACAGCUUUCCUUAUUUUUUUUUUUUUUUCCCUGCUGGAGAUGGAGAUAAGUCUUGACUAUAGAAACCUCAGAGAGCUAUAAUCAUACGUCUUUUCUGAUUCCUUGUGUUGCAGGUUGAUGCAAGUCACUGCUACAGAUGUGUGACGUGUGCUGUUGCGGGGCUAUGUCUUAACUGAAGACGUCUUCGUUUCGAUGUCCCCUUCUGAAUGUGCUACGCAGAAGGAAUAUUCUAGAAAAGUGAAGUUGGAAGAUCUCUGAUAAAAAGAAGUUGUAAACAUGUUGUGCUGGGGCAAUGCAUCUUUUGGACAGCUUGGAUUGGGUGGAAUUGAUGAAGAGAUUGUUUUAGAGCCCAGAAAAAGUGACUUUUUCCUAAAUAAAAGGGUCAGAGAUGUAGGAUGUGGACUGAGACAUACUGUUUUUGUCCUGGAUGAUGGGACAGUUUAUACAUGUGGAUGCAAUGAUCUGGGACAACUAGGGCAUGAAAAAGCCAGGAAAAGACCCGAGCAUGUUGGUGCACUGGAUGCCCAAAAUAUUGUAGCCGUGUCAUGUGGAGAAGCCCACACUCUUGCAUUAAAUGACAAAGGUCAGGUAUAUGCUUGGGGUCUGGCUACUGAUGGACAGCUUGGCUUGCCAGGAACAGAGGAAUGCGUCAGAGUGCCCAGAAAUAUUAAAAGUUUAUCAGAGAUCCAGAUUGUUCAAGUUGCUUGUGGUUAUUAUCACUCACUAGCACUCUCAAAAGGAAGUGAAGUGUUUUCCUGGGGACAAAACAAAUACGGCCAGCUGGGCUUAGGUUAUGAGUAUAAAAAACAAACCUCACCACAAAUGAUUAAAUCUCUGCUGGGAAUCCCUUUUGCACAGAUUGCAGCAGGAGGAGCUCAUAGUUUUGUACUCACUCUUUCUGGAGCCAUCUUCGGAUGGGGACGCAACAAAUUUGGGCAGCUGGGUCUUAAUGAUGAUAAUGACAGGUAUGUUCCUACACUGCUGAAGUCCCUGAGAAGUCAAAAGGUUGUUCAUAUAUGUUGUGGAGAAGAUCAUACUGCUGCCCUUACGAAGGAAGGUGGGGUUUUUACCUUUGGAGCUGGAGGCUAUGGUCAGCUGGGUCAUAACUCUACCAGCCAUGAGAUAAAUCCAAGGAAAGUUUUUGAGCUUAUGGGAAGCGUUGUCACGCAAAUCACCUGUGGCAGGCAGCACACCACUGCAUUCGUCCCUUCUUCUGGAAGAAUUUACUCUUUUGGACUGGGAGGCAAUGGGCAGCUGGGUACAGGGACCACCAGCAACAGGAAAAGUCCCUUCACAGUGAAAGGAAGCUGGAUUCCCUUUAGUACUCAGUGCCCAAUGAGCACAGACAGUGAGGAGUGCUACUGUGUAAAGCGAAUUUUCUCUGGUGGGGACCAAAGUUUUGCACACUACUUCUAUCCGCAGAACAUGGUGCCACCAGAUGAUUUUAGAUAUCCUGACCUUUUGAAGCAGAUCUGGACUGUGAAUGAAACGUUUAUUCAAAGAUUGCUGAGUUUCCCAUCUGGAAGACUUCCUGUAGAGAUAGCUAAUGAAAUUGAUGGAACGUUCUCCUCUGCUGGGUGCCUGAAUGGGAGUUUUUUGGCAUUGAGCAAUGAUGAUCAUUACAAAACCAGCACUAGAUUCUCAGGGGUUGACAUGAAUGCUGCUAGACUACUCUUUCACAAACUCAUACAGCCUGAGCAUACUCACAUAUCACAACAGGUGGCAGCUAGUUUGGAAAAGAACCUUAUUCCCAAAUUGACCAGCUCCUUACCAGAUGUUGAAGCUUUGAGGCUGUAUCUCACUCUACCAGAAUGCCCACUGAUGAGUGAUGAAAACAAUUUCACAACGUUAGCUAUUCCUUUUGGAGCAGCUAUUCUGAACCUAGAAAAAGCUCCUCUGAAAGUUCUUGAAAACUGGUGGUCUGUACUUGAACCUCCCUUGUUCCUCAAGAUAGUGGAACUCUACAAGGAUGUCGUAGUGCACCUUCUGAAGCUGUGCAAGAUGGGCCUUCCGCCUUCUGACAGAAGAAUACUCACCAAUUUCCUACACACAGCCUUCAGAGUUCUGGAAAUACUGCACAGAGUAAAUGAAAGAGGACAAGUUAUACAGUAUGACAGAUUUUACAUUCAUGAGAUACAAGAUUUGAUAGAUAUCAGAAAUGACUAUGCCAACUGGUUCCAGCAGCAGGUAUUGGGAAUGGAUGUCAACCAUGGAUUAACUGAGUUAACAGAUAUUCCUGUUAUAAUUUGCACAUACCCAUUUGUAUUUGAUGCCCAGGCAAAGACAACUCUCUUGCAAACGGAUGCAAUCAUACAGAUGCAGAUGGCUGUCGAUCAGGCCCACAGGCAGAAUUUGUCUUCUCUCUUCAUGCCAGUGUUUGAAUCUGUCAAUCCCUGCCUGAUCCUGAUGGUCCGGAGGGACAACAUUGUGGGGGAUGCUGUGGAGGUCCUCAGGAAAACAAAGAAUGUGGACUACAAGAAGCCGCUCAAGGUUAUUUUCGUAGGGGAGGAAGCUGUCGAUGCUGGAGGCGUUCGCAAAGAAUUUUUUUUGCUCAUCAUGAGGGAGUUGCUAGAUCCCAAAUAUGGAAUGUUCAGGUACUACGAGGAGUCCAGGCUGAUCUGGUUCUCUGAUAAGACCUUUGAAGACAGUGACUUGUUUCAUUUGAUUGGUGUUGUCUGUGGGCUAGCAAUAUAUAAUUUUACUAUUGUAGACCUUCACUUUCCUCUGGCUUUGUACAAAAAGCUAUUGAAUAAGAAACCAUCCCUGGAUGAUUUAAAAGAAUUGAUGCCAGAUGUUGGCAGGGGAAUGCAACAACUACUGGACUAUCCAGAGGAUGACAUAGAAGAAGCAUUUUGUCUUAAUUUUACUAUCACUGUGGAAAAUUUUGGUACAACAGAAAUUAAGGAGCUUGUUCCUAAAGGUGCUGACAUUCCUGUAGUCAAACAAAAUAGGCAAGAUUUUGUAGAUGCAUAUGUGGAUUACAUCUUCAAUAGAUCUGUGGCUUCCUUAUACAGUGCAUUCCAUGAAGGCUUCCACAAAGUAUGUGGAGGUAAAGUUCUUCAGCUCUUCCAGCCCAGCGAGUUGCAGGCAAUGGUGAUUGGGAACACAAAUUAUGACUGGAAAGAGCUGGAGAAGAAUACAGAAUACAAAGGAGAAUACUGGGCAGACCAUCCUACAAUUAAAAUAUUCUGGGAGGUUUUUCACGAGUUGUCUUUGGAGAAGAAAAAACAGUUUUUGUUGUUUCUGACAGGCAGUGAUCGGAUUCCAAUUCUUGGAAUGAAGUGUCUGAAACUGGUCAUCCAGCCAACAGGAGGGGGAGAAGAUUACCUGCCAGUAGCUCACACUUGCUUUAAUCUUCUUGAUCUUCCAAAAUACACAGAUAAAGAAACCCUGAAAUCUAAGUUGAUCCAGGCUAUAGACCACUAUGAAGGUUUCAGUUUAGUAUAACUUGAGAAAUGAAAGUUCCGUGUAACGUGGGAUCAUUGAGUUUUCGUGUCUUUCUUGUGGUGGUAAAUUCAGUGGAUUUAAGUGAUGCAGUUGAUAAUAUAACUGAUUAUUUGCAAAAAAUGUUCAGUGGUAUGGAUAUUCAUGGGAGCCAAAAAAAAAAAUCAUUUCCGAAACUGAGGAGCGGUCUUAAUACAUACCUUCCUGUACAGAGCCAUGUGGAUUUUGCCAUCUUACAAUAAAAAUGAGAGUAUUGUGAA